AUGCCCCUCUCCCCUUAUUGCAAUUACAUAUUCUUUUUCCUUUCAUUAAAUAUUUCCAUUGACAAAGAAUUCCUUGAUAAUGAGAAUUUAGUUCCUUUUUGGAUUUAUUUGAUUACGCUCUUCGUUACCAAUCGUUCUCUAAUAAAUGACCUUGACUUUCUGUUGCUUUCUUUAUUUCUCUCUCUAAUUAUCACACGAACACACACACACUCUAUCUAUCUAUCUAUUUAUCUAUCUAUCUAUCUAUCUAUCUCUUCCAUCUGCAAGCCAUUUAAUUGCUUAAAUGACUUCAUAUAUUCCUCCUCUCCUUAUCUUUUUUUCCAUUCAUUAUACCUUUUCUUUUUGCCAGUUCUAUUCGACACUCUCCCAUGGCCAUCAUCUUUUUCAUUAAAAUCCAGUUUUAUUUCAUCUAUUCUUCUUUAUUGUGACUUUAACAAAUAUUUUUUGCCGCUUCACUCCCUAUUCAGAUCUAUCUAUCUAUCUAUCUAUCGAUCUAUCUAUCUAUCUCAAUCUGUUCAUAUCUAUCUAUAUAUCUAUCUAUCUAUCUGUCUAUCUAUCUAUCUAUCUAUCUAUCUAUCAAUAUCACUCUGUUUAUGCCUAUCUGUACUUUUCUAUUUAAUUAUUGUAAUCGUAACUAAACUACCAAUGUGA